GCCGCCGCCGCACGCAGCAGCAGCAGCAGCAGCGCCAGCAGCAUCGCACGCCCUCCCUCUCAACCAGCCCGCCGACCGCGCGGCGACAACAUCCGACCGACCGACCGACCGACGCAAUGGCCGACUUCGACUUUGUCAGGCGCAUGACGCCUGCCGGCUACACGUUUCCCUCGCACCGGCUGCGGCGCACCUGCGACCCCGGCCGCGUGCCGCUCGUCCUUGUCGCCUGCGGAUCAUUCUCCCCCAUAACCUUUUUGCACCUGCGCAUGUUCCCCAUGGCCCGCGACCACAGCCGUAACGAAGGGUUCGACGUCAUCGGCGGCUACCUGUCGCCCGUGUCCGAUGCCUACAAGAAAAAGGGCCUCGCGCCCGCGCAACACCGCGUGCGCAUGUGCGAGCUGGCCACGGAGAACACGUCCAAGUGGCUCAUGGUGGACCCGUGGGAGGCGGAGAACCCGACGUACAUCCCCACGGCCCGCGUGCUCGAUCACUUCGACUACGAGAUCAACCACGUCAUGGGCGGCGUCGAGUGCUCCGACGGAACGCGCAAGCCCGCCAAGAUUGUCCUGCUGGCGGGCGCCGAUCUGAUCCAGACCAUCAGCACGCCCGAGGUCUGGGACGCCCGGGACGUCGACCACAUCCUCGGCAACUUUGGCGUCUUUGUGCUCGAGCGCACCGGCACCGAGCUCGACUCGGCCCUGGCCAGCCUCAAGCAGUGGGAGAAGAACAUUCACGUCAUCCGCCAGGUCGUGACCAACGACAUCAGCAGCACAAAGGUGCGCCUGUUGCUUAAGCGCGACAUGAGCAUCGAUUACCUGAUACCCGACGACGUCAUCAACUACAUUUACGAGCAUAAUCUAUACCGGGACCUAGACCUGCCCGCCGGCAACGGCAAGGGCAAGGAGAAGGCGGCGGCGGCGGGGCCUAGUCGAUAGAGGCUGGCGCGGGAGCAUCGGCGUUUUUGGGUUUGGCUUGUCUGCCUUUUAUUUAUUAUUUUUGGAGCGAAGCGUGAAGGGAGGUGCUGGAUAUACAGCUGCAGGCAGGGCGGAGAGAGUCGCAGCUCACUGCGGGUGUGGGAGAGAGCUACGAGGCACGUCGUCGGCAUUUAUAGACGUUGCGCAUGUACAAUGCGUCCCCGUGUUUGUGUGUGUGCGUGCCUGUGUGCGUGUGUAUAUCCAUGUCCAUCAACAUGUGGUGCCGGCGCAUCGGUAGCCAAUCCGGCCAGCAGGCCGACGCCAACUUUUCGGCUGGGCACCCGGACAGAUCGUACUGACA